AUGAAGCGGAAUCGCAUUCACUUCGAGGGCAAUGGCGAUGCCUCUUCGGCCUCUCCGCAAGGCAGUUUCACUCCCGAGGAUCACUCGCGGCAGUCGCAACAUGUCCCGAAGAUCUCACGGAGGAUACGUGCGUGCACGGAAUGUAAGCGACACAAGGUCCGAUGUGAUAUGAAGGCAGGUGAGUCGAGUUGCUCGAGAUGUCGACGUAUGGGGCUGGAGUGUGUUGUCAACAAAAGCCUCCAGACAUUACUAGAGGAUGAAGCGGAGUGGAAAACCAUGAUCGAGCUCGCAAUGACCGACCUGCUUAGGAAGGCGCAACUGCCGGAACUAUCAUAUUACCAAGCGGGUGGUGGAUCGACCGAGACACCGUCGAAGAAACGAAGUCGGAAAGAGUCAACCGUAUCGGUAGAUGAUGUGGGAUAUGCAUAUGGACACCACAAGGCUGCCUCAGCAGAUACACCUAUUCCUGGAACUACGGGUUCCAGCUCAUCUACCUAUACAUUUCCCCAACCGCAGGCACAAUACUCGAUAGACCGCGAAGAGACCGCGGCUACUUCAUUAGUGACUGCGCCCAUGGGUAGCUUAUAUGAAGUUACACAGUUGAGUGAAAACCGCGAGAGCUCUUCUCCCACACAGCGAUAUCCAUCGGAUCAGGCGCUGGUGACCGAUUUCAUUUCCCGCGGCGUGGUGGAACUGCAAGAGGCAGAGGAGUUGUUCUACCACUUCGACCAAGAUCUGGCAUCUGUGAGACGAUCCUCGUCCCUGAUGUCCGCAGCGAUCCUCGCUGUGACGGCACUCCAUAUGCCGACCAAGGAGCGCACGUUUGAUACCUGUUAUACGGAGUUCGCGAAAUUGGCAUCCGAAUCCAUGCUUGGAGACCAUCAUAGCUUGGAUGAUGUGCGGGCUUUAUGUAUCGGUGCUUUCUGGCUUGCUGAUGUGAGCUGGAAGCUUUCCGGGUAUGCGGUCCGCAUUGCCACUGAGCGCAAUUUGCAUCAGUUCUAUCGAAAGGCCGUACAAGGCUCACCAGAGCACAAAGAACAGGCUCGUCUGUGGUAUCUCCUCUAUACUCUUGAACAUCACUUCUCUAUCGCAUAUGGUCGACCACCCAUCAUCCACGAAGAUGCAUCCAUCACCCAGCAUAACACUUUCACACAGACUCCAUCCAUCACUCAAGGUGACCUACGAUUGCACAGUCAGGUAGACUUGUUCAUAAUUCUCACUCGCAUAUAUUUCGCUUUCGGACCGGAUGUUGAUCUUGAGGUCGCCGAGAGCGAUUUCCCCAAGAUCGACCAGUAUGACACGGAUUUGGGCCAUUGGAAAUCAGCAUGGCUUCCUCGGCUUGCUGGGAGCCGUCACGUUGGCGCAUACCCCUACAAAGCCGUGUACAUGCACUAUAACUUUUCUCGACUACAGCUAUAUUCGGUUGCACUACGCACAUAUCACUCCUCAACUUCUUCGCGAACCAUGUCGCCCGAACGACGGAAGCGGGCUAAUAUCGCGAUUGAGUCGGCCAUUGCCACUUUACAGGUUGUGCUGGACGAGCGAGACAUCCAGAGAGCGCUAGUCGGCGUGCCUCUAUAUCUCCACAGCAUGAUCACUUUCGCGGCGGUAUUCCUAUUGAAGAUUGCUGCUAAGGCGUGCUCGAGCGGAGCGAACCAACAAAAUAACUCGAUUGCAUCGGCAGGUUUGCUAGUCGAUAUUGGAUAUGUACGAGUUCUGGUUGGACGAAUUGUCGAAUUGAUGGUAUCCUGCAGCCAAAGAGCAAGCGAGCGCCAUCUCAGCCACCACAUUGCUCGCGGUCUACGCAAGAUGCUUACGGGUCUGGAAGAAUGGGAGAAGCGAAAUGGUGCCCAGCCUUCCAUGGGGCCCAACACACAGGAAACAUCAUCUCUUUUCAAGCCGGUUAUAAUUCCUGGAGCUCAGAUCUUAGGAGAACGAGACACUAUCCUAAACCACCCGCCACCACUGUUGGGCGUGGCGCCAUUAUCUGCCGAACGCAGCAACGGGUUCGAGCCGACGACAAUCGGCAAGCCUGAACCAGGACUUUCGGAGGGCUCAAUGGACCCCAUGAUGGCAGAUUUGUGGGGAUUCGACGAGGAUUACUUCCCCACGGGGGUGUUUGAUUUCCUCCAAAGCCAGAUGCCUGCAUGA